CGCGAACGCAUUCUAACCUUUUUUAUACAUGCGACUGAUAUGUAGAUUGUUACAUAUGCAUCAAAUAUUGUAAAUAAACAAAUAAAUUGUAUUAAAUAAAAUAAUUAACAAUGUUCGAAGCACACAGUAUUAAUGCAGAGCAUAAAGAUUUAAUACAUGACAUUGCAUAUGAUUUUUAUGGAAAACGAAUGGCAACAUGUUCAAGUGAUCAAUUUGUAAAGGUGUGGGAUGAAGAUGAGCAUGAAAAUUGGCAUUUAACUGCUUCGUGGAAAGCACAUAGCGGAUCAGUUUGGAAAGUUACCUGGGCUCAUCCUGAAUUCGGUCAAGUUCUUGCUACAUGUUCUUUUGACCGUACUGCAGCUGUUUGGGAAGAAAUAGUUGAAGGAUCAGGAUCUGGAGAACGUGGUAUGCGUCAUUGGGUUAGGAGAACAAAUUUAGUAGAUUCUAGGACAUCUGUUACAGAUGUUAAAUUUGCUCCAAAGGUAUUAGGACUUUUGUUGAUCACUUGUAGUGCUGAUGGAGUAAUUAGAAUAUACGAAGCACCAGAUAUUAUGAAUUUAAGUCAAUGGACUUUGCAACAUGAUAUUAGUUGUAAACUUCCAUGUAGUUGUCUUUCAUGGAAUCCAUCGUUAUCAAGAUUACAUCCACCAAUGAUAGCAGUUGGAAGCGAUGAUACAAAUACAUCCAGUGGAGGAAAAGUUUUUAUAUAUGAAUAUUCUGAGGGUAGUAGACGAUGGACAAAAACUGAAACAUUAUCGAACAUUACUGACCCUGUUCAUGAUAUCGCAUUCGCACCCAAUUUAGGUAGAAGUUAUCAUACGUUAGCUGUAGCCACAAAGGAUGUAAGAAUAAUUAUAUUAAAACCGAUGCAGGAAAAUGCUCAAAAUGGUUUAUCACGUUUUGAGAUAACGACAGCUGCACAAUUUGAUGAUCAUUAUACCACUGUGUGGCACGUAUGCUGGAACAUUAUGGGAACUAUUUUAGCAAGUUCUGGGGAUGAUGGUUGCGUUAGAUUAUGGAAAGACAAUUAUAUUAACAAUUGGAAAUGUGUAGCUGUUUUAAAAGGAGAUGGCACUUCCGCUCAAAAUGCUGAAACUCCUGUCGCAGCUACUCCACCUAAUCAACCCACAGGAAUUCCACCACCUUCAACCGCAAAAUACUACAAACUGGGUUCCAUCAGUCAUCCAAAUCAAGUUGUAACGAUGGCCUCGAUCACAGCGGAGAAACCUACGACACUUAUUAUGUGCAGUAAUAAAUGGCAAGCACCUGUGAUAAAAGGUCGUUUUAGUAAAUCAGUUUGGUUGGGGAAUCCCGGUGAAUCAAAUUUACCACCACCUCCGUUCAUAGAACGUCCAAAGGUAAAAAAAUAAUUCUAUUCUUUUUAUAAUAACAAUUGGUAUAAAAAGAUAAGAAAUUUUGUU